UCCCUUAAUAUUCAAAAUGCUAGUGGAUCCUGACAAGCAUCCAUCUUUUUGCAAACUAUUAUUCAAACAAGGUUUCGUGGAUAAAAUACUAAUGCCGCCUGUUUUCAUCAAAGAAAACAAGAAAUUGUUGGCCAAGACUUGCUUAUUGAAAACAAAUGUAGUUGGAAUGUCAUGGGAAGCAAAAAUAGUGAGAGAGAAGUCUAAUUACUUCAUAUGUGAAGGAGACUGGCCACGAUUUGUGAUGCAUCAUAAAUUGGAGCUAGGGGACAUUUUGAUCUUUUUUCUCAUUGAUAAAUCAACGUUCCAAGUCCUGCCUUAUAAUCAGAAAUGUUUCAAAAACUCUUGUGGCAGAGGAGUAUUUCAGGAACUAAGCAGUUCCUCGGAAGAGGAACAUGACGUUGGAAUCGCAAGAAAAUUGAAGAAAAUUAAAAUAGAGCCAAAUGAAUCGUCAGAAGAGGAAGAAGCCGAGGGUGGAAAUGAAAAAAAUGAUCUAAAGAAGACCAGAUUCAGUGUGAUGAACAUAAAUGACAAAGAUCCAUACUACGAAAUGGUUGUAAGAAAGACACAUUCAUUUUUUAUGACCAUCCCGAAGAGCUUUGCUAUACGGACAGGCAUAACUAACAUGAAGAAAAUGAGACUGGUUAAUGAAAAAGGCAACAACUGGAAAUUAGUGGACAUAGUGCAUACUGGCCCAAGGGUUUACAUAAAAAGAGGAUGGGCUGAGUUCCGAACAAUUAACAAAAUAGCCAAUGGUCAGAUGUGUCGAUUCAAGUUGAUUCAGAGAUAUGGUUGUGGUUAUAAUAUUUUACAGGUUCAAAAGAUCCCCAAAUCCAAGUGCUUGAAAUAGUCUACAAUAUGUAUAUGUACUAAUGGUUUCUUUUUGGUUGUAUUUUGGUAUGAACUUUGUAAUGAAGAUGGAGCUAGAACUAGGACUUGGGCAUCUUUAAUUUGUCCUGUAUGUUCCAAUAGAACUAGAUUUAUGCGUGACACAUUGAAAGUCGUGAAUUUGCUGAAUUUAUGAUGACUUUUAUUAUGUACUUAGGUCACCUAAAGUAUGUGUCGACAAAUCGCUCUACUGGAAUAAGGAUCAUGACUUUGUUA